CACCCGCCCCUAAAACCUAAACCAUGUCUUCAGAUUGCAAUCGCCGUCGCCUGGAGACAAUCCCGGCCGCAGCCGUCGGCGGUGAAAAAGAAGUAGACCGGAUAUCGGAAUUACCGGACGAGAUCAUCCAUAGGAUUCUCUCACUCGUAGACCCCCAAAAGGAAGCUGCAAAAGCCAGCGUCCUGUCCCAUGGAUGGUCCAAGCUCUGGCGAUCUUACCCAAUCCUCGAGUUCCACAAUACCCAAUUCGAUUCGACCGAAUCGGCGGAGAGAUUCGCCGCCGCCGCGUCGGAAAAGUUCAGUCGUAGUAUCGCUGUGGAAGCCGUCAGGAUCAAGUUCACUCGUCGAAAGAAGUGGGGCGUAAAAUUCUGCUCUGCUUUCCUCGAUAACAUGUUGGAUUUGGCUGCAAAGAGAUCUCCCUCGCCCCAAGAGAUCGACAUUGAAGCCGAAUUUGAUCGCAAGACUUACAGCCAUUUCAAUUUCGAUGGUUCGGGGACAUACAGCAUCCCACGGGGCUUACUGCUACCCAGAUCCAAUUCCAACCCUAACCAUCGAUUUCGCCUCAAAAUUCUCAAGUUGGUCAACUGCAAUUUCGAUCGGUUCAAGGAUAUCGAGAUCAACAGCAACCAUUUCUCGGGCCUUGGCAGCUCCCUCAGGCAGCUCUUCCUCACCCAAGUCAGCUUCCCCGCCGGCUGUCAGAUUCUCAGUAGCAUCAUUGCCGGUGCAUCACUCUUGCAGGAAUUGUUUCUGUGCGUGGUUCCGGGGAUUUGGAGGCUUCAGUUUCGGAACCUUGACAACCUGAAAGUCCUUGACAUUCACGAAUGCCCAGUGGAGUAUUUAGAGAUCACGGGAGUCCACUCUCUGGAAACCUUGUACAUCACUCAAGCCCCAUUGGGAGGUGAUUUCGUGGUGUCUUCGAUGCCGAAUCUCAAAUCACUGAACAUUCACGAUGCAAGCAAAUUGACGCAGGAAAAGUUCGAUGAAUUGAUUUCGAAGUCUCCAUCUUUGGAGUCACUUUCUGUGGGAGGUCUUGCUAAAGUACAAGAACUGAAGAUUUUCAAUGCUGACAAGCUUUGGCGUCUUUGUCUGUCUUGCUGGGCUCAAUUGCGGGCGAUUGAAAUGAAGGCUCCAAAACUGUGUGAUUUCCGAUACUCUGGAAGGAUUGAUUUCUUCAUUAAAAUCUUAGGCGAGGUUGGUAGCUAUCGCAAGGAAGCUCGUCAAUCUCUGGAAGCACGAUACUGGAGCUUCGGAACUGAUGAAAAAGAAUUCCACGCUUUGAGAAAAUUUCUUGCGCAACUAACACAGUUUUGGUUUCGCCUAACUCUUGAUUUCUACUUUCGAAAAGCUAUGAGCAUCAUUGGGAAGAAUUUCAGGAAAAGUCGCCUAUUCCAAGAGUUGAACAUAUACAAAUCGAGUGGGAUUUCUCAAUAUUGAUCAACAAAGAUGCUUUUUUUGACGACCUGUUUCAGAAUUUCCAUCCUAACUAUUUAAGUUUUACUCGAGAAGAAUAUUCGUAUACAACGUCAACUGAGCAUUACUUAGUGGCGGUCGAGUAUGUAUGUAAGAAGUUCAUGGAGAGAAAUUCGAAUAAUCAUUGUGGAACAACAUGUAAGUGUUGGCAUCACCAAUUCAAAGACAUGAAGAUUAUAAAGAGAGUUAGAGAUGGCAGAAUAAAAGUUGAAGAUGGUGACAAAGUUAUGGACAUUUCACCGGAUACAUGUUCGUCUUUUGCUGAAGCAAAACAAAUUUUGCUCCUAUUGACUUGGGAUUAAAUUUGAAGUAGUUGUGCUAUAGUUUUGUUGCGAACAAUCUUAUUUGUACUUAUCGAUCUUUUUGUACGUACUAUCUAUCUCAUUAUAGUAGAACAAUAGAUACUAUAAGAUAGUCUAUCUUUUGUUCUUAGUUUUUCUACCAAAAAAAAAAAUAGAUACUAAUUAUAGUCUUCCUUUUCAAUUGAAUUUUGAGCUAUACUACUACUAUAUCACAU